AUGUCCUGCCAGCUGCACCAGCACCUCCCUCCGCUCUACCAGAACCCCGUGGCGCUGUCCCCUGGCGUCCCCUUCCCGCCUCAGCGGUGGCACUCCACCACCUGCAUCCCCCAGGCCGUGCCCGGCCAGGUGAUGCCCCUGCAGCGGGCCACGUCCUCCAGCGUGUGCCACCAGCAGAGCGUCACCCAGGCCGUGCCACCCCGCCAGCUCCACGGACCCCUCCCGCAGCAGCAGAUUGUCCCCAGGCGGGUGACAACGUGCCCGCCACCGCAGCAGCGCGUGACCGGCGGCGCGGGCGUCACCUGGAGCGUGCCGCACCGGGUGGGGGUGACCCAGUGCGUGCCACAGCAGCUGCGGGUGCCACAGCACUGCCCGCCCGUCCCCCAGCAGCAGAAGAUUGUCCCCAGGUGCGUCACCACCUGCGUGCCGCAGCAGCGCGCGACGGGCGGCGCGGGUGUCACCGGCGUCACCCAGUGCGUGCCGCAGCAGCUGCAGGUGCCACCGCCCCGGUGCGUCCCCCAGCAGCAGAAGAUUGUCCCCAGGUGCGUCACCACCUGCGUGCCGCGGCCGCCGUUUGUCACCAAGGGCGUCCCGCCGCGGCAGAGUGCCACCAGGUGCGUCCCCCAGCAGUGCGUGACCAGCGUCUGUCCCCAGCAGGCCGUCCCCACGUGUGUCACCACCUGUGUCCCCCAGCAGCGCGCGGCCCGGGGAGUGUCCUACCAGUGGGUGACAGCGCCCGUCCCCCAGCAGCGGCAGAGUGUGACCGCCGGUGUCCCCCAGCAGUGGCACGGCAGGUGUGUCACCAAGUGUGUCCCGCAGCAGUGUGACACCGGCGGGGCCAGCAUUUGUGUCCCGCAGCAGCAGCAGAGCGGGACAAUUUGUGUCCCACAGCAAAGUGUCACCAAAUGUGUCCCACAGCAAAGUGCCACCAAGGGUGUCCCCCAGCAGAUUGCCACUAAAAGUGUCCCCCAGCAAAGUGUCACCAAGUGUGUCCCCCAGCAGAUUGCCACUAAAUGUGUACCCCAGCAGUAUGGGACAAUCUGUGUCCCCCAGCAAAGUGCCACCAAGUGCGUCCCCCAGCACUACGGGACAAUCUGUGUCCCCCAGCAGUGUGUGACCAAGAGUGUCACUCAGCAAAGUGCCACCAAGUGUGUCCCCCAGCAGAGCGUGACCAAAUGUGUCCCCCAGCAAGGCAUGGCCAAGUGCGUCCCCCAGCAAAGCGUCACCAAAGGUGUCACCCAGAAAUAUGGGACAGUUUGUGUCCCCCAGCAAAGUGCCACCAAGUGUGUCCCCCAGCAAAGUGUCAAGUGUGUCCCUCAGCAGUGUGGCACAAUUUGUGUCCCUCAGCAGAGUGUAACCAAGUGUGUCCCCCAGCAAAGUGCCACCAAGUGUGUCCCUCAGCAAUAUGGGACAAUUGGUGUCCCCCAGCAAAGUGCCACCAAAUGUGUCCCCCAGCAGUGCGUGACCAAGAGUGUCACUCAACAGAGUGCCACCAAGUGUGUCCCCCAGCAAAGUGCCACCAAAUGCGUCCCCCAGCAAUAUGGGACAGUUUGUGUCCCCCAGCAGUGUGUCACUAAGUGUGUCCCCCAGCAAAGUGCCACCAAGUGUGUCCCCCAGCAGUCCGGUGGAGUGAAGAUCUCCAGCCACGCCAAGAAAUACUGCUCGGCCCCCAAGUGGCCCUGGUGA